CACCAUGAUCUUCCUUUUUCUGGUUGCCUGGAUUGCUCCCUGUAUAGUUAAUCAAUUUCUCAGUAGCUUUGCCAAAGCAGAAGUUCAGAAAAAUUCCAAGCAAGUAAUCUGCAGUGUGCUAGGGCCACAAGGCCCUCCAGGUGCUCCCGGAGCACCAGGUCCUCCUGGGAAUAUAGGAAGGAUGGGUUUGCCAGGAAAAGAUGGAAAAGAUGGAGAAGAUGGACAGAGAGGAGAGCCAGGGGAUGAAGGUACCCAAGGCAGGACAGGAAAUCCAGGCCGGCCAGGAUCAAAAGGGAAACCAGGAGCCAUUGGCAAAGCUGGUCUCCGUGGUCUAAAAGGGCCCAAGGGCCCCACUGGAAAAAGCGGGGGCCCUGGAAAGAAAGGGCCCCGAGGAGCCCUAGGAGACCUUGGGAUGUCUGGUCCUUGUAAAUGCAACGCCAAGAAAGCCAAAUCAGCUUUCUCUGUUGCUGUGACCAAAAGUUACCCAAAAGAGAGACUGCCCAUCAAAUUUGACAGGAUCCUCAUGAAUGAAGGUGGAAAUUACAAUGCUUCCAGCGGGAAAUUUAUAUGCAACAUCCCCGGUGUCUAUUAUUUCACUUAUGAUAUCACACUGGCCAAUAAACACUUGGCUAUUGGGCUGGUGUGUAAUGGUCAGUACAAGAUAAAGACAUUUGAUGCCAACACCGGGAAUCAUGACAUUGCUUCUGGAUCGACAAUCCUUUCCCUAAAGCAGAAGGAUGAGGUGUGGCUGCAGAUAUUUUACUCGGAACAGAAUGGGCUGUUCUAUGAUCCCUACUGGACAGAUAGCAUUUUUACUGGCUUUAUGAUAUAUGCUGAUCAGGAUUAUCUCAAUGAUCUAUAAAGGGGACUGCCAACCUUAACCA